AUGUUCAAGUUCGCUUUGGCAUUAACACUUUGCGUGGCGGGCCUUUCCAGCCUUUCGCUGGCCCAGCACAAUCCGCAAUGGUGGGGCAAUCGCAACACCAUCGUCCACUUGUUCGAAUGGAAGUGGACGGACAUCGCCGAGGAGUGCGAGAGGUUCCUGGGACCCCGUGGAUUCGCCGGAGUGCAAGUCAGUCCCGUGAACGAGAAUAUAAUUUCUGCGGGACGUCCUUGGUGGGAAAGGUAUCAGCCCAUCUCCUACAAACUCACAACUCGAUCGGGAAAUGAGCAGGAGUUCGCUGACAUGGUGCGUCGCUGCAAUGAAGUGGGUAUUCGCAUUUACGUGGAUGUGCUGCUGAACCACAUGUCCGGAGAUUUCGAUGGCGUUGCCAUUGGCACCGCCGGCACAGAGGCGGAACCCAGCAAGAAGUCCUUCCCAGGAGUUCCCUACACCGCCCAGGACUUCCAUCCCACCUGCGAGAUCACCGACUGGAAUGAUCGCUUCCAAGUGCAACAGUGUGAAUUGGUUGGCCUCAAGGAUCUCGACCAGAGCAGUGACUGGGUGAGGAGCAAGCUGAUCGAGUUCCUGGACCAUCUCAUCGAACUGGGUGUUGCUGGAUUCCGGGUGGAUGCCGCCAAGCACAUGGCUUCGGAGGAUCUGGAGUAUAUUUACGGAAGUUUGAGCAACCUGAACAUCGAGCACGUUCCCCACAACUCCCGUCCCUUCAUCUUCCAGGAGGUCAUCGAUCAUGGCCACGAAACCGUUUCCCGUGACGAAUACAAAGAUCUGGGUGCCGUGACCGAGUUCCGAUUCUCCCAGGAGAUCGGCAACGCCUUCCGUGGCAACAACGCCCUGAAGUGGCUGCAGAGUUGGGGCACCGGUUGGGGAUUCCUGCCCUCAGGACAGGCAUUGACCUUCGUGGACAACCACGACAACCAGAGGGAUGGUGGAUCCGUGCUGAACUACAAGUCCCCCAAACAGUACAAGAUGGCAACCGCCUUCCACUUGGCUUACCCCUAUGGCAUCAGUCGAGUGAUGAGCUCCUUCGCCUUCGAUGACCAUGACUCUCCGCCACCACAGGAUGCGCAGGAGAGGAUUAUCUCGCCUGAGUUCGAUGAGGAGGGAGCCUGUGUGAAUGGAUGGAUUUGCGAGCACCGCUGGCGGCAAAUCUACGCCAUGGUGGGAUUCAAGAACGCCGUUCGUGACACCGAGAUUUCCAAUUGGUGGGACAAUGGCGACAACCAGAUCUCCUUUUGCCGCGGCAACAAGGGAUUCCUGGCCAUCAACAACAACCUGUACGACCUCUCGCAGGAGUUGAACACCUGCCUGCCCGCCGGAGUUUACUGCGAUGUGAUUUCGGGCAGCCUGAUCAACGGAUCCUGCACCGGAAAAUCGGUGACAGUUAAUGAGCAGGGAUACGGAUAUAUCCACAUCGGAUCCGAGGACUUCGACGGCGUGCUGGCUCUGCAUGUGGAUGCCAAAGUCUAGGUUAAGGUAACACAGAAAUCUGGGCUUUAUUUUUGUCUCAAAUUACAAUAAAAACGAACGCACAUAA